AUGGACAGCCAGAUCACACGACGCAGAUUACUGAUUGACAUCGUGGAUCAGGAUUGGUUGAAAGACACCUUGCCAAACGACGACGUGGUUGUACCUAUCAUGGAGCUGCCAGAGUUGGAAAAUGAGAAUGGCAACACUCAGGAAACAUUGAAAGAGCAGGAGCAAAAGUGGACCGAUCUGUCACUUGUCAGCUUAAAUGAACAGGCAUCUGUUUCUCCACCUAAAUAA